AGCCAAGAGACCAUCAUCCAUAAAUAUACUCCCCCUUCCUUUUGGCCAUCUUCUUCAGUUCCCUCCUCUCUUCAAUUAAGUUUACUCACGCGUUAGCGCGUCCUCCACUCCCUUCAUUAACUCAAAUCACCUCCCAAGAAAUUUCAUUCAUCAUCACAUACACACAGAGAGCUAUGUUUCUAUCUCCAUAAAUACAAACUCAAAAGUUCAUAUCAACAUAAUUUUUUUUUUUUUUGUCUGUUUAUUGAGUUUGUGUGUGGCAAUGGCUACAUGGUCCAACUUGUCACACACCCUCACAUCAAAAUUCAAGAAAGCUAAUCUAUACUACGUAGCUGCCACCAUAGUUCUAUGUUGCACCUUUUAUGUCAUCGGACUUUGGCCAAAAGGUAGUGACGUCAUCACAACCCGUCAAUUAUCCUCUACAACCGUCCUGCCCACCUUAUCAUGCAACCCAACAAUCAAAACCACAACUUCCAUUGACUUCACCGCUCACCACACCGCUGAUUCACUUACCCCACUCUCAUCAUCAGCGCGUGUAAAACACUUCCCUUCAUGCAACCCUUUGUUAUCCGAAUACACCCCAUGUGAAGACUCAAAAAGAUCAUUAAAAUUCGAUAGAAACAUGCUUAUUUAUCGUGAAAGACAUUGUCCUGAGAAAAAUGAGUUGUUAAAGUGUAGAAUUCCAGCACCAUUUGGUUAUAAACCACCGUUUAGGUGGCCUCAAAGUAGAGACAAUGUUUGGUACGCUAAUGUUCCACAUAAACAUCUAACGGUUGAGAAAGCCGGUCAGAAUUGGGUCCGGUUUAAAGGUGACCGGUUUACGUUCCCUGGUGGUGGGACCAUGUUUCCACGUGGCGCUGAUGCUUAUAUUGAUGAUAUUGGAAAAUUGAUCAACCUUAAAGAUGGUUCCAUUAGGACCGCCAUUGAUACCGGUUGUGGGGUUGCAAGUUGGGGUGCUUACUUGCUGUCCAGAGACAUCCUUCCAAUUUCAUUUGCACCCAAAGACACACAUGAAGCUCAAGUUCAAUUUGCCCUCGAGCGAGGAGUUCCAGCAGUGAUUGGCAUAUUAGCUACUAACAGACUACCUUACCCUGCAAGAGCAUUCGAUAUGGCACAUUGUUCUCGCUGUCUCAUCCCUUGGGGAAGAUAUGAUGGGCUAUAUUUAAUUGAGGUUGAUCGAAUUUUACGUCCUGGUGGAUACUGGAUUCUUUCUGGACCACCUAUUAACUGGGAAGGUCAUUGGAGGGGCUGGAACAGAACAGCAAACGAUUUGAAAGCAGAGCAAGAUCAAAUUGAGAGUGUUGCAAGAAGCCUAUGCUGGAAGAAAUUAACUCAGAAAGGUGACCUAGCAAUUUGGCAGAAGCCUACUAAUCAUAUGCAUUGCAAAAUUAACCGAAAGGUCUUCAGGAAGCCACCCUUUUGCCAGGAACAAGAUCCUGACAAAGCAUGGUACACCAAGAUUGAUGCUUGUUUAAAUCCCCUUCCUGAAGUGUCCAAUGUUAGAGAUAUCGCUGGAGGGCCACUGGUAAAUUGGCCAGAAAGAUUGACUGCGGUCCCUCCUAGGAUUGCUAGUGCUAGUAUAGAGGGAGUUACUGCAGAGAGCUUCUCAAAAGAUACUGAAUUGUGGAAAAAGAGAGUCGCCCACUACAAGGCCUUGGACAGUCAAUUAGCAGAGCGAGGAAGAUACCGUAACAUUCUAGACAUGAAUGCUUGGCUGGGAGGAUUUGCAGCUGCACUUGUUGAUGAUCCAGUUUGGGUCAUGAACGUUGUCCCCAUCGAGGCUGAAGUCAAUACCCUUGGAGUUGUCUAUGAACGUGGUUUGAUAGGGACAUACCAAAGCUGGUGCGAGGCAAUGUCUACGUAUCCAAGAACUUAUGACUUCAUACAUGCUGAUUCUGUUUUCACCCUCUACCAGGACAGAUGUGAAAUGGAAGAUAUAUUAUUGGAAAUGGACAGAGUAUUAAGGCCGCAAGGGAGUGUGAUAUUCCGAGACGACGUGGAUAUUUUGGUUAAUGUGAAGAGCAUAGUGGAUGGACUACAAUGGGAUAGCAGGAUGGUUGAUCACGAAGGCGGUCCUCAUGUUAGAGAAAAGCUUCUAAUUGCUACUAAGCAGUAUUGGACAGCACCAGUACCUGAUCAAGAUAAACAAUGAGUCUUCUAUAGUCUUACAAUCCGGCCAAUUCUUUACUUCCUCUGUUGAUAAAUUUUUGCUUGUUCUAUAGGCGCUUAUGAUUUUUCAUUAACCUCUCUAUCUUUUUGGCUUCAAAAUAAACAAGUUGAUAUUGAGGUUUUCCCCUGAGAUUAUUCUUUUA